AUCAUCGACGUAAACAGAGAUCCCAGGGGAAAUUUGUAAACCAUACAUAGCCUGUUUAAUUGUUUCCAAAGUAUAUUUUCUAAUAUAAUGAGCAACUGAAAAAUAGAAUGCCACCCAAGUUCGUAAGAAACCCAGCCGGCAGUGACUUCAGUCAAGCAAGGAGGGAUGAAAAGACAUCCCUUCUUGAUGCCCAAAGUGAUGAUGAAGAUUUCUUUUUAACAGGACCAAAUGUAAGACCUGGAGGAAGUAAAAGUGACCCAAAGAUAGACAGAUUGCAGAACCAAGUCCAUGAGGUUGUGGAUGUAAUGCAGAGUAAUGUGUCAAAAGUAUUGGAGAGGGGAGAUAAAUUGGAAGAUUUGCAUGAUAAAUCAGAUAGUUUAGCUGGUAAUGCUGAUAUGUUCCGUAGCCGUGCAAAAGGACUUCACAAAAAGAUGUGGUGGAAAAAUUGUAAGAUGAAGAUAGCACUGGUUGUGAUUAUCCUCAUUAUCUUCCUUGUGAUUAUCAUUCCCAUAAUUGUGAAGUCACAGAAGAACUAGGUGAAAAGUGCCAAAGAAAUUCAUGACACUUUGCCAUAGAUUUCAGAUGUACAUGUAAUGUACCUCUUGUUGCAUUCUUUUCUGCUUUUGUGCAACUUACCUCGUUGACCAUGCUCUACUGAAUUAUUAGAUCUGUAGUAAUAAUGUUACUCUGUGUGGAUCAUCAAAAAUAUCUUUGAGGUGCUUUUAAACCUGAAAAGUAAAGUUGUAGUGAACUGUCUAAGUUGCUUUGUGAUAGCAUAUGUAUAUAAAACUUUGGUACAUUGGCACUGGACUAGCAUUAAUAUAUAUAUCUUGUUAAUGUGAUUUGGAGAACAUAUCAUCUCAUGGUGAUGAUUAUUUAACUGUAAAACAUAUUAAUGCUAGUCCAGUGCCAAUGUACCAAAGUUUAGUUUGUUUUUAUCAAUCAAUUAUUUUUGUAUGGAAAUAUUGCAGCUCUUUUUAAAGGAUCUGAUGGAUAGCCUAUUUUUCUGAUUUGCAUUUGGAAUCAUGUAAAUUUAACAGUGAUUUAUUUUGUAUGCAUAAUUUAGACAACUUUUUAAUUAUCAGAUUUUUAUGGGUGGUAUUAUGCUGUAAGUAUUAUGGAAAUUUUAAAUAAAAUCUUAGUUAGUAUAAAAGAUCAUAUAUAGAUGAUAAGAAUGCUUAAUAAGCAAUAAAUGCAUUCAUUGUAAUAAUGUAAUGUAAUAUGAUUAAUUUUAAUAUAUAACUAUUAAAGUCAACAGAAACCCA